UGGGAGGCACACAGCACACACAGAAAAUAGACAGAAAAUAAAACUAUUUCUAACGCUUUUUUCCCCCCAACCACUUUGCACUCCAGAACUGGGGUGGGUACACUUUAGGCGUCAAGCUUUUUAGGGAAUGAAAGCCUUUCUCCCAGCAGCACAGAGAACAUGCUAAUUGCCCGCAAUUUGCCACAGAACGUACCAUGCCGCUAUCCAUCUGUCUUCAUCGAUUCCCCCUCCAGCAAACCUACAAUUCUGAUUGAUUGACUUGAGAUCGACGCCCUCUUCGAGAGAUUUGCAUAAAUAUUUGUUCGCCUCUCUUUCUGUUCCCUCUCCCUGCACAAUUUGAAUUGGGAAUUUGGAUAUUAAUGCCUCUAUCCCAUAUAUCUUCUUAUCGUCUCUUCUCUUCUCUUUGCUUUGCUUUUGGUUUGUGGUUCCAUUUGAUUUUCUUAUGGGAGUAGGUCAGUACGAAAUUUGCAUACUAUGCGGCGAGUGUGUGCGCCUUUGCCUUUGAUUUCUCACUCGAUUUUGUAUUCAUAUUCCCAGUCGGAAUGCCCUGCCCCAAAAAAUGUAAGCAAACACGUGCUCCUCCGCGUUUGCUGCUGUGGGUACGGGACUGUGGGUCAUUUGUUGGGAUUGACAGUGGAAUGGGAUUGCCUUUUGCUGUUUAUUUUAUGCACUGGGUCACUCUCUUUAAUGGCUUGUAUCUAUCGCUGGAGAGCAUUAUAAAACAAAUAUCCACUGAAGUGGAAAGAUUAUCGCCAGGAAAUGUCUGAUACGAAUGUCUGCUUGCUAUUGGGAGUUGGGUCAAUUGCAGUGUCCACAACUGGCUGCAACAAAGUUGCACUUAGAUAACAUCUAAACGUAUAAAAUGUGGCAAGCUCCUCCGACCUGCAAUCAGUGCGGAUUCUAACGCUUUAAAGACGGCAUGAAGUUGGUUUGUGUAAACUUUUGGCUCCUACUUUUAUGGAGUUCCAUGGUGCAAGGACAGGACCAGGAACAGGCCUAUUCCUCCUGCAAUUCAGACUCCUUUUGCAUCUGCAAGAACCAUCCGGUGGGUGCUCUGCUGCCCGACUGCGAUGACUGUUCAGGGUACUUCCAAUGCGGCCUGGACAACAUACAGAAACUGAAAUGCAAUCCAGGCGAGAUCUUCGACAGCAGGUUGACUGCUUGUGUGCCUGGCACGUGUCCGCGCAGCGAUUGCAGCAGAUCAGCUGCACUCUCUGGCUGUUCCAGCAAGGAUGAGGCCAAUUUGGAUACCUUUUGCAUUUGCAAGGACCAUCAGGUGGGCGAUCUACUGCCUGACUGCGAUGACUGUUCCGGGUACUUCCUAUGCGGCGAGGACAUCAUACAGCGUUUGAAAUGCAACCAGGGGGAGAUCUUCGACAGCAGUCUGAGUGCCUGUGUGCCUGGACAGUGUCCACGCAACGAUUGUAAGAACACAACAAAUCCAGGAGAUCCAGAAGAUCCAGAGAUCCCCUCUGGCUGUGGCAACAAGGAGGUGCAGUGCCGCUUCCAUGGUCAGAUCCUGCCCCAUGCCCAGCACUGCCGCUUCUUCUGGACCUGCGUGGAAGGGUGCCCCAUGUUGGGCUUCUGUGAGCUCGGGAUGUGGUUCGAUCGGGAAAAGUUUGUGUGCCGAUACCCGAACAAUGUGAGCAACUGUCCGAUCAAUCAGGACUAGGACUCCAUUUGCUGUCAUCCAAUCAAAUGCAAAUCAAAUAAAUAUGUGUCAGGCCAAAUCGAUGCUGAAGCAAUUCUCGUUUCAACGGUCGUUAGACUGCAAUUGUCCUCAUGCACUGGCAACAGUCAACAGCCAACAAAGCAGAGGCAGGGGCAGGGGCAGAGACUGAGGCAGCAGCACCAAACAGCAUUGCGAUAAUUUACGCAAAUUGCAUGACACAAUUUUGUUGGUUGUUAGUUUUACUUGCAGUUGUAGUUGUUGUUGUUGCUGGCUGGUUUGCGCCCCAAGCGGGUGGGCGGUUGCUGCGUGUGACUUUUUGUUGUUGCUGCUGCUGCCGCCGGCAUACAGCAACAAAUUUAGCACGCAACUAACAAUUUUAGCUGUUCCAGAUACUCCGACUUACACAGGCACACACACACAGAUACAGGCACACCCAGGUGCAUAUGGAACACAGCAAACAAAAGAAGCGGCCAGAGGCACGUUUAGGCUUUGACACAACGAACAGCCAAUGCACUUUUUGUAUGGGAAACUAGUGGAAAACUGGGGGAAGUUCUUUGAGUUUUCAGCUCUUGAAUUCUAGCAGAAUAAUUCUGUGAAUUUAUGGGAGAUCAUAGUCAAAGAUCUAUUCGAACAAUUCGACAAGAACUUGGCACUU